UCAAAAGUUUGUAUUCAAUUAUAUACUCGUGAGAGUUUUCUUUAUCAUGUACUAAAUACUGCUUUACGUAAUAAUGAUCAUUCAAAACUGAAUACACUUGGGCCACUUUGUUUUCUAAUGCGUGAUUAUUCACGUUCAUGUACUGAGUUUAUUGGAACAGUUUAUCGAGGAGUACAACUGCCAUUCGCUACUAUCGAGUCUUAUAAACAAGCAAUAGGUUCUUGGCAUACGUGGUCUAGUUAUACAUCAACAAGUAAAGACAGAGAAAUGGCUGAAUUUCGAGGAAAUACAUUGUUUAUUAUCGAAAUAACUAAUAUUAAACUGAGUGUUCCACGUGCUUAUGAUGUGGCAAGCAUUUCACAUUUUCCUAGUGAAGAAGAAGUACUUUUACCAGCUGGAGUUUCUUUUCAAGUUAUUAGCGUCGAACAAGAUCUACAACAAAAAUAUAUUAUUUAUAUUAAACUUUGA